AUGGGAAUUGAUAGCAGCCACUUAUUUUGUAUAAAGUAUCUGUUGAUUGACGCCAAACCUAAUGUUGAUGAUAAUAUGAAGAAAUGUGAAAGGGAAGAACUUGACGAAAAUGAAGUUCCCGAAACAGCAUCGCCAACAAUCGAAUCAUCUGACAAGCGAGAAAUUAAAAAAUCCUCGAAAACGUUGAUUCUCGAUGCUGUCAUACUCACAGAUGUGAAAAUAAUUUGCAUCUCGUCGGUGUGCUGUGAUUUACGAUUUUAUGAUUGCUCCACGAUGAAUAAAUGCAUUUUACGACUUUAUGUCAGAAAUUUUCCAUCGCUUAUCAGUGCACUUCACUACCAUCAACCACUUGACAACAGGAGAAAUGCACAAUUAAUUAUUGGGGACUUCAAUGGAACUGUUCGUGUUAUUGAUUUCAUGAAGAAUUCUAAAAUAGAUUUUCAUUCUGGUUCGAUAUUGUGUCAGAUAUCGCAAAUUUCCAACCAUACAAAGCUUUGA